AUGAACUUCUACUUCGAUGCUGCUAAGGUUCUCGACAAACUUGACGCAAAACAAGGCUCUAUCAAGGGUAUAAUAUCCACUCUUCCUGAGAAGGAUAGGAAGCGGACCGCAGCUCUGGUUAUUGAGACUCUCAGAUACAAGGCCGUUCUAAACGAUAUCAUCCACGCCGCCGAGCUUCUCAAACACGAGCGACAGAAGCUUACCUCUCCAAACCUUGCACUCCUCCUCGUACAUGAUCUCCUCUUUUCAAAAGGGAAAAUACAGGCUGGUGACGGCCCUAUCAAGCAAGCCGUGCUGAGGCAUAAGACACGACUACAAUCUGAGUUGACGAAGAUCAAGGUUAAGCGUGGGGUCAAGUCGAUUUCGGACCUUGCUCACGGAGGUGAUGAACGAGCGGAUCUCAUUCCGCGUUAUGUGCGCGUGAACACCGUACUUUGGUCAACUGAGGAGGCCAUUAAGUGCUUCCUUUCGCAUGGAUAUGUGGAAGACGGGGACCCACUCGAUUCAAAGAAAACUGUGCAAUGCGACCAGCACAUUCCUAACCUCCUUCUUUUCCAUCCCUUAGCGUCUUUUAACGAUAGCCCUCUGUUAUCGUCGGGUAAAAUUAUCCUUCAAGAUAAAGCGUCAUGUUUUCCCGCAAUGAUCCUUUCCCCGCCCGCGCAUACACAGACGCGUGCGAUUGACGCAACGGCGGCUCCCGGAAACAAGACUACGCUCCUAAGCGCUAUUAUGAAGGGCCGCGGGAAGCUAUACGCAUUUGAACGCGACAAGAAGCGUUUUGCGACCCUAAAGAAGAUGGUGGAAAAGGCUCAUUGCGGUAACGUUGAGCCGACGAAUGUGGACUUCAUGUCGGUCGACCCGCAUGACUCGAAAUAUGCCGGGGUCUCUCACAUCCUUCUGGAUCCGUCCUGCAGUGGUUCUGGGAUCGUCAACCGCCUGGAUCAUCUACUCGAUACAGAGGACGAGGAUGAGAUUGAGGGCGGCCAAGACGAACGAUUACAGAAGCUCGCAGCUUUUCAGCUACUGAUGAUCAAACACGCCAUGAAAUUUCCCGCAGUCACGAAGAUAGUCUACUCAACAUGCAGUGUCCAUGCGGUAGAGAACGAGGACGUCGUCUCUCAGGCACUAGCGUCUGAUGAGGCGAAAGAGGGGCAUUUCGUUCUCGCUAGUAGAAACGAGGUCCUACCAACAUGGCCGCGUAGAGGAUUACCAGCAAGAAUGCCGGGGUAUAAUUCAGAGUCGUUGGUCCGAUGCGUACCAGGUGAAGACCACACAAACGGCUUCUUCGUCUCCUGCUUCGUCCGCGAGAAAGACGGCGGUAACCCCGACUUCAACCGUAAAGAGUGCGAAAAUAGUUUACCAAAUGAAGGCUUAACUCCUCAAGGGAAACGUCCAGCAAGCCAAUACGAAGACAACGAAGAAAUCAAAGUUACGAACACGCCGGAACGUCAAUCGAUCGAGGUCAGCGCCGACAGGCGCAAGAAACGAAGAAAGCGAUCGAAAAAGCAGCAUUGA